AGUUCGUGAACUUCGCACCUGACACUUUCAGCCGAUUCCGAUGGACAGUGUACCUUAGAUGUGAUUAAAAUGUCUCGAAAACGCGUCAAAUCCAAGCGGAGAUCAAAGCGUAAAAAGGAGGACAAAUCUAAAAUAGUUCCUACUAACGACGAUCAACCAGCUAAAGAAGAAAUCAAGGGUCAAGACGAGCCGCUUGUGCGGAACUCAUCGACGAGCGCGAACAAGAAAAAGAAGUUCGCCAAACAAGCUCAAAUCGCCUUUCUGCCAGAGAAAUACCAACCACUGGUUGAGGAUGAUAUUGACCAACCACGAGAUGACAAUAUCAAGAAAAAACAAGACAAAUAUAAAAAGUUAAGAAAAAAUAUGGGGAAAGCUCUUCGUUACAGCUGGAAGUGUCUGGUGGUUGGACUGCAGAAUCUGAGCACAGCCUAUUCUAUGCCGCUGGGUGUCGGUGUCACAAUAGUGCCAGACAUCCACAGAGCCAGAGCUCACGUCUAACACGUGACUCAAGACGAGCCGGUUACAUCAUGAGUAGAACAGUAAUCAAUGUUGGAUCCCUACAGCCACUAAUUAGUGAUAUGGAACUCUGAUUUGGAAGUGCAAUAAGUGAAUUUUUAUUUAUGUGCCAUUGUUGUCAAGGGACAAUGGCAUGAAGGAGACUAAAUUUAUGUGAUAAUUUGCCUUUGACAAGAAAAUAUUAAGUAGCAGAUGCUGUGAUGGACUGUGAUUAACACACAUUCUUCUAGUUAUGCACAACUUCUGAAAACAUUUAAAGGGAUAGUUCUUCUAAAAAUGAUAAUUUUGUGAUAAUUUACUCACCCUCAUGUCGUUGAAAACCUGUUUGAGUUUAUUUCUUAUGUUGAACAUAAAAGAAGAUAUUUUAAAGAAUGCUGGAAUGCAUAGUAUUUCUUUUCUUACUAUGGAAGUCAAUGGGGACCAACAACUGUUUGGUUCUUCAAAAUAUCUUCUUUUGUGUUCAACAUGAGAAAGAAACUCAUACAGGUUUGGAACGACGUGAGGGUAAGUAAAUGAUCACAAUAUUUUUGGGUGAACUAUUUCUUUAACUUUACAGGUCUAGAUGGAACAUGUUUAGCAGGGAAAUAAAGAUGUUUUUUAAUUUUAUUCUUUGAUAUGACGGGUAAAGUAAGUAGAAUAAUGUUACUGUGGAUGUUAGGCCAGUGGAGUGCUUAUAUUUAGUACAAAGACAGACCGAGACAGAUGUAUGGUAUUGAACAGGUGGAAUGAAGUAUGUUAUGAAGUAUGUGAUCAGAAGCUGUAUUGCUUCCCAAGAUGUAAUUAUUCUUAAGAAUGUUGCAAGUACAUUGUAUCAGCAUAAAUGUAAUGUGAAAGCACAGUUUGUACCAUUUUGCACUUUUUUGUAAUAACACCUAUGAACAAAUUGUUUUAACGGGAUUUAGACUUUGGAUUAAAUAAAAAUGUUGCUAUUAAAUGUUUAAAUUAACUGAAUUCACAUUGAUGAACAGAUGAAGCAAAUGAGUUGAAUAAAAAAUUAGAUUUGAAAUGCUUGCUCAUAAAACUCUUUCAAGCCUGAAACUUUCACUUGUUCACCAAUAGGUGACAGCAUUGUGUAGGACAACAGAAAUGACUAUGGUAAAUAAUUUGCACUUGCAUAGUGAGACAGAGACAAUAUACAUAUGUAUUUUAUAAUAAAUGGAUGAACGAAUUAAUACAUAAUUUUUAAUAAAAUUUUAAUUAUUUGCAA